CAUAAACACAAACACGAACACGCUCAAGUCCACAACACACAACAAACACCUCCAUCUCAUCCAUUCUUUCUUUCUUUCAAGCAAGACAAGAGAGAUCGAGCGAGCCAUGGCUCCCAUGUUCAAGGGGAUCGUGGAGGACGCGCCCAAGAGGGCGGCGUACGUGACCUUCCUCGCCGGCUCCGGCGACUACUGGAAGGGCGUCGUGGGCCUGGCCAAGGGCCUCCGCGCCGUCAACUCCGCCUACCCACUCGUGGUGGCCGUGCUCCCCGACGUCCCCGAGGAGCACCGCCAGAAGCUGCUCCAGCAAGGCUGCGUCGUCCGGGAGAUCGUGCCCGUCUACCCGCCGGAGAGCCAGACCCAGUUCGCCAUGGCCUACUACGUCAUCAACUACUCCAAGCUCCGCAUCUGGGAGUUCGUGGAGUACGAGAGGAUGGUGUACCUGGACGCGGACAUCCAGGUGUACGGCAACAUCGACCACCUCUUCGACCUCGACAAGGGCAGCUUCUACGCCGUCAUGGACUGCUUCUGCGAGAAGACGUGGAGCCACACCCCGCAGUACAAGAUCGGCUACUGCCAGCAGUGCCCGGACCGGGUGGCGUGGCCGGAGCGCGAGCUGGGCGUGCCCCCGCCGCCGCUCUACUUCAACGCCGGCAUGUUCGUGCACGAGCCCAGCCUCGCCACCGCCAAGGCACUCCUCGACAGGCUCGUCGUCACCGACCCUACCCCCUUCGCCGAGCAGGACUUCCUCAACAUGUUCUUCAGGGACGUAUACAAGCCCAUCCCGCCCGUGUACAACCUCGUGCUGGCCAUGCUCUGGAGGCACCCCGAGAACGUCGAGCUUGGCAAGGUCAAGGUCGUGCACUACUGCGCCGCGGGUUCGAAGCCAUGGAGGUUCACCGGCGAGGAGGCGAACAUGGACAGGGAGGACAUCAAGAUGCUUGUGAAGAAAUGGUGGGAUAUCUACAACGACGAGAGCCUGGAGUACACGGCCGGCGACGAGACCACCGACAAAUUUCACACGGCCUUUGCUGAGGCCGGCGGCGUGAAGUACUUCCGGGCACCCUCGGCCGCGUAGGCUCUGCCUGCGGGCCGGCGCUAGCCCGGCCGGGUCGCGGCGCACAACGAGGGCGUGUCUUCAUUAAGUAGUAGUAUACGAUUAUACAGUAUCAGCUAGGGGAUUUCGGAUUUCGUUGAAGAACUGUAUAUAUAUAUAGUGUCAAAGUAACUAUAUGGAUCAAGAUGGAUCUACAAGGUUUUUGGUAUCGUAGAUGAAAUCUAGUCCGUGCUUUUUAGAGGUUUGUAAUUUGUAAACACCAUGUAUAGAUCUACCUGUUACGUCACGAUACGUGUAUUGCUGAAACGUCUUGCAUCCUAAUAAUAAAUCAAAGCUAUACCGCAAA